GUCCAAUGCCUUAUCAUUUUAUAAUUAUUUACGAGUGCUGGGUUUUUCUUCAUAAUUUGUCCAAAGACGGCGAAAUUCAACAUUCGAUUUUCAUUUAUAGUGUUUAAGAGGCUUUAGUGAAUACUCAAGAGAUGGUAAUGAAGUGUAGAUCUGACCGUAGAGACGGCGGUCAUGGAGAAUGGUUUAUAUGAGGAGCACUUCGCGUCUGACGAGCGAUUCGGAGGCGUCAAAUACUCCAAACGGAGCGGGGGGCGGACAAGCCCCAGUCACAGCGCCCACGGGAACCUGUUCCGUCACAGCCUGAUGAAACAUACGGAUGAUAAACGCGCCAGAAAGGUGCGCUUCUACAGAAAUGGGGAUCGUUUCUUCAAGGGAAUCGUUUACGCUGUCUCUGCCGAGCGAUUUCGAACAUUCGAAUCUUUGAUGGCGGAACUGACGUCAAGCCCAGUGUGUGACAAGAAUAUUCUACCAAAUGGCGUCAGGUACAUCUUUUCCGCGGAGAACGGCCACAAGAUUCACUCUCUGGACGAACUAGAGGAGGGAGAGAGUUAUGUCUGUGCCUCAACGGAUGUGUUCAAAAAUCUGGAUUACACGUGCAUGCAAGGUCCGCACUGGAACGUUAACAACAAGGCCCGAGAGAGCGGGCCGUUAUUAGGGCGCCUUCAGGGGGCAGAGAGCGAUUUCAAAGACUACGUAAAACCCAAGCUAGUGACGGUUAUACGGAAUGGACCGAAGCCUAGAAAAGCGGUCAGGGUGUUAUUAAACAAGAAGACGGCUCAUUCUUUUGACCAGGUACUUGCCGAUAUUACAGAGGCCAUUAAACUGGACUCCGGGGCAGUGCGGAAAAUCUUCACUCUGGACGGCAGACAGGUCUCCUCGUUGAAGGACUUUUUCGGGGAUGAUUCUGUGUUUAUUGCUUACGGUCAGGAGAAACUCAGUCAGGAUGAUUUCGAUCUGGAUGACAAUGAGGUUAAACUGGUGUCGCCGUACAAACCAAUUCCUUUCACAGAAAGGGUAACCUUGAGGUCAGCGAAAACGUCACGUCCGGCGAGCAAGCUGUCUCUUUCAAACCGCAGUCUGAACGAAGAUGUCAUGUCUAAACGCUCACCCACGGGAUCAAAAUCCCCCAUGUCAUCCCCACGAAGUGGCAGAAAACUCCGCGCCGUGUCCGCGCCAAAGUACAGAAAUAGCAAUGGAGAGAUGUCGGAUGAGUCAGAAAAUGGCCCAGCAGCUCUAAGAGCCAAGUAUGACAUAGGACGGGUGAUCGGGGAGGGAAACUUUGCCGUGGUCAAAGAAUGCCAGGACAGAAACACGAGAAAGAAGUAUGCACUGAAGAAAAUUGACAAGCAAAGAUGUAAAGGCAAGGAGCACAUUAUAGAAAACGAGGUAUCAAUACUGAGACAAGUAGAUCAUCCUAACAUAAUUCUACUGAUCGAGGAGUUCGAUACCAGAGACAGUCUGUAUCUAGUCAUGGAGUUCGUUAAGGGAGGUGACUUAUUUGAUGACAUAGCCUUAUCCACAAAGUACACAGAGAGAACCGCUAGUAAUAUGAUCAACAAUCUGGCACAGGCCCUCAAAUACCUCCACAAUCUACGCAUCGUACACAGGGACGUCAAACCAGAGAAUCUACUGAUAAUUGAUCAUGCGGAUGGAUCUAAGUCACUGAAGCUGGGGGACUUUGGUCUGGCCACUUACUGCGAGGACCAGCUGUUUACAGUGUGUGGUACUCCUACUUAUGUAGCACCGGAAAUCCUAUCAGAAAUCGGAUACGACUUUAAGGUCGAUGUUUGGGCAGCAGGUGUGAUACUAUACAUCCUCUUGUGUGGAUUUCCGCCAUUUGCAAGCCCCCAGAAUGACCAAGAAGAGCUGUUUGACCAGAUAUCGGAGGGGAGGUAUGAGUUCACCAGUCCGUACUGGGACGAGGUGUCGGAAUCCGCCAUGGAUCUGAUCAGCAAUAUGUUAGUGGUGGAUCCAGCAGACAGAAUGUCGGCGGUGGACGUAUUGGGACACCCCUGGGUCACCGCGGAGACUGUCAAGGACGAGGAGUUAUCCGUAGGAGAGAAUAUCCGUAACUUUUCCCGCCGUGACAAACCCUCCCGGAGCCGAGCGGGGAUCAGACUUGUGGCCAGUACGCCUUUGGACCACCCAUCGCGGUAUUUCCAGGGCCGGAGGGCGGGACUUACUGUAACUAAACACCAAUCAAAUACAGAGGAUGAUGACGAAAUCUUCUGAUGUAAUCAAUACUACGCAAGCUGGCAUUCAUUAGAACACAUGUGGCUUAUUUCUAAUUUGCAUUUUUAACAUAAUCAACAUGAAUGUAAGAAUUAUCAUAGACAAGUUAUUUAUUGAGUUUGCCUCGCUUUGAUGAGUUGAUGUCACGUGUCUUAUUUAAGAUGGUGCUUUAAGUGGAGGUCCUGCCACCUGUUUACGUGAACAGUAUUUGGUAUUGAUAUAAAAAUAAAUGGUUGAAAAACUUCAAAA